AUGGCACAGAGAGGAGUUCAGCUGGACCGGGAAGCGAUUUCUUGUUCGAUCUGUCUGGAUCUCCUGAAGGAUCCGGUGACUGUUCCCUGUGGACACAGCUACUGUAUGAGCUGUAUCAAAGCCCACUGGGAUAAAGAAGAUGGGAGGGACGUCUACAGCUGUCCUCAGUGCAGACAGACCUUCACACCGAGGCCUGUCCUGGGGAAAAACACCAUGUUAGCUGUUUUAGUGGAGGAGCUGAAGAAGACAGGACUCCAAGCUGCUCCUGCUGAUCACUGCUACGCCGGAGCUGAAGAUGUGGCCUGUGACGUCUGCACAGGGAGGAAACUGAAAGCCCAGAAGUCCUGUCUGCAAUGUCUGGCCUCUUUCUGUGAGAAACACCUUCAGCCUCAUUUUGAAGCAGCUCCACUACAAAAACACAAGCUGACAGAUCCAUCCAGGACGCUCCAGGAGAACGUCUGCCCUCAUCAUGAUGAGGUGAUGACCAUGUUCUGUCGUACCGAUCAGCAGCCUGUCUGCUAUCUUUGCCCUGUGGAUGAGCAUAAAGGCCAUGAAACGGCCUCGGCUGCAGCAGAGCGGGCCGAGAGGCAGAGAGAGUUUGAGGAGAGUCGACAAAGCAUCCAGCAGAGAAUCCAGGACAGAGAGAAAGACGUGAGGAUGCUUCAGAGGGAUGGGGCGGCUAUCAACAGCUUUGCUGAUCGAGUAGUGGAGGAGAGCGAGGAGGUCUUCACCCAACUGAUCCGUCUUAUGGUGAGGAGACGCUCUGAUGUGAAGAAGCAGGUCAGAUCUCAGCAGGAAACUAAAGUGAGGCGAGGCAAAGAGCUUCAGGAGAAGCUGGAGGAGGAGAUCACUGAGCUGAGGAGGAGAGAGGCUGAGCUGGAGAAGCUCUCAAACACAGAGGAUCACAUCCAGUUUUUACGGGACUACCCCUCUCUGUCCCAGCUCAGUGAGCCUGCAGACAUAUCCGACAUGUAUAUCCAUUCUCUGACAUACUUUGAAGAAUUGUCAGUGGCUCUGCCAGAACUCCUACAUAAACUACAGGAAGUUCUGGGAGAGAAGUGGACAAAAAUCUUAGAGCUAGCAGCUGAAGGGGAUGUCUCCCUGCCACAACCAGAACCCAUGACCAGAGCUGAAUUCUUAAAUUAUGCACGAGACAUUACUAUGGAUCCAAACACUCUUAACAAUGACCUUACACUGUCUAACGAAGACAGAGAAAUAACAAUUUAUUCUGACAACUCCUAUCCAAGUCACCCAGACAGGUUCACUGAGCUCUGGCAGGUUUUAAGUAAAGAGGGUCUGACUGGACGUUGUUACUGGGAGGUGGAGUGGGAAGGAGAAGAAAUCUAUAUAGCAGUAGCUUACAAGGAUAUCUGCAGAGAAGGCAGCUCAGAUGACUGUAAAUUUGGGUACAAUGACAAAUCUUGGGCGUUGUUUUGCUACCGUACCUACAGUUUUACAUUUCUGCACAACAGUGUAGAAACAGAAAUAUCAGCUGACGGGUCUUCAAGGAUAGGAGUCUACCUGGAUCAUGGUGCAGGUACUCUGUCCUUCUACAGCGUCUCUGACACCUUGACCACCAUGACUCUCCUCCACAAAGUCCAGACCACGUUCACUCAGCCUCUCUAUGCUGGACUCCAUGUUGAGUUCUCAUACUCGUACACGGCUGAGUUUUGCAAACUGAGAUAGGCAGAUGCUAUUUCAGGAGCAGAGGGAUCUGUUUUUGUCUCUAUGUCUGUUACUGGGAGAUGUUGUUGGGAUUUUUUGGCCUUUCUGCACAGCAUACAGACUGUGAUUUAAAAUUGGGCAGUCAGGGUCAGCUCCAGUCGUUUGGAGGCCAGACGCAGAGGUUCACAUGAGGCCGUCUAACGCCGUAUUCACAUAGGAUUAGUUUUACCUAGGGACCUCUGGUAAUAUGUUAUGAUCAUGCAGGACAUCUGGGUUUUUAAAGGAGACAUAUUUUACCCCUUUAUGACAGGUUUGCAUCGG